AUGAACUCUAUCACAUUACCAAAUCAUCUUACCAACCUCGACUUUGCCGGCAACGGGUCGAUUGAUGAAUGUAAGAUCUUAUUUCUUAUUAGGAAACGUGAUUUGAAGGAAGAUGAUGCAUUGAUGGAAGAAACCUUGCUGGUGAGAGAUCUUGGGGAUGGAGGAAUUCACAGCCGGAUGAUAGGAAGUGUAGUAUAG